AUGAGCGACGUCACGGCCACCUCGACCCCACCUCCCGGCAAGGCAGGCUCCUUCUCGGAAGCUCACGAAGUGCCCGACAACCAUGUGAUCGUCGUCGACACUGCCUCCCACGGCGAGGUUCGCUACACCCGACAGGAAGAGCGGCGUCUCGUGCGCAAGAUCGACAUCGUCGUCGUCCCCAUCCUCCUCGUCCUCUACCUCUUGAGCUUCCUCGAUCGAAGCAACAUAGGUAAUGCCAAACUCGAUGGUCUCGUCGCCGACAUCAAGCUCAAAGACUAUUCCACAGCGCUCACGCUCUUCUUUGUCGGCUAUGUCGUCGGUGAAGUGCCCGCCAACAUUGUCCUCAAAAAGACCUCGCCGCCAUUGUGGCUGCCCACGCUGACACUCAUUUGGGGUAUCAUCUCGGUGGUUCAGGGCCUGGUGCACAAUCAAGCAGGUCUCUUUGCAGUCCGCUUCUUCCUCGGUCUCAGCGAGAGUGGUCUCUUCCCAGGCUCGGUGUUCGUGUUCAGCAUGUUUUACCCCCGAAGGGAACGACACUACCGUGUCGCCCUCCUUCUGUCGGGUGCUGCCGUCUCGGGUGCCUUUGGUGGCAUCCUCGCUUACGGCAUCGGAUUCAUGCGAGGAGUCGGCGGCAAGAACGGAUGGUCCUGGAUCCUGAUCAUCGAAGGUCUGUUGACCAUUGUUGUCGCGCUUGCUGCCUACAAGCUCGUACCACACUACCCGAUGAAAUCUCGCACCUUUUCCGACCGCGAAAAGUCCAUCAUCGCAGCUCGAAUGCAGGCGGACCGCGACUCGCUGGACGAGGAAUCCUUCUCGUGGGAUGGCGUCAAGCAAGCCUUCACGGACCCCUAUGUCUACCUGUACGGACUGCUUUUCCACGGAUUCGCAUUUGCUCUCUACACCAUUUCGCUCUUCAUGCCCACCAUCAUCGCCGACCUUGGCUUCACUGCAGCCAACGCGCAGCUGCUCACCGUACCGCCGUACGUCCUCGCCUUCAUUUUCACCAUGAGCAUCGCCCAUAUCUCCUUCGUCGUCAACCGUAGGCUCAUUUUCAUCAUCGGCUCCGCUUGUCUCGCCAUCGUCGGCUACAUUGUCCAGAUCACGUCGCCAACAGUCGCAGGUCGUUACGUCGCCAUUUUCAUCACCACUCCAGGCGUGUACGCCGGCAAUGCGCUGCUGCUCUCGCUGCCAUCCGAGAACGUCUCCGGCCAGACGAAGCGAGCGACAGCGUUGGCUAUGCAGAUCGGGUUCGGCAACAUGGGAAGUAUUGUCGGCGUUCAGCUCUACCGUCGUCCGCUCGGUGCACUCAAGAAUCCUAACUACCACAUCAGCCACGGCUUGAGCAUCGUCUGGCUCGGCUUUGGUAUUGGAGCUGCUUCCGCGCUGUGGUUCCUUCUCAGCAGAGAGAAUCGUCGAAGGGAUGCUGUACAGGCUAGCCAGGGGCACGAAAAGGUCCAGGAAGAGAGCCAAGAUGAGCUCAAACGAUUGGGAGAUCGUCGCCUCGAUUGGAGAUACCAUGUCUGA